CUUAAAAAGUUUUGAAAAAGGCGGCAAUAAUAAAAGGAAUAAAAAAAGGUAGUAAAUAUAAUAUAGCAACUAAUAAAUUGGGGGGUAAAUGGAAAAUGAAUGGCCUGGUGGGUAAAAGAAAAAAGGGUUAGAAGAAGGAAGGAAGAAGUAAAGGAAGAUGAGUGAUGGGCGGGGCGGGCGGUUCUGUUAAGGGGGGUAAAAAUAUAUUUUUAAUAUUUUGUGGGGAAGAAUAAAUAACUGUGUUUGAUGGGUGAUAUGAAAAGCAAAAGAAUUUAAAGAAGAAAGAAAGAAAACUUUUAGGUAAAAAUACUUUUUUUGUCCUCAACACGGCUGUCGGCCGUUCUAUAAGGGAAAGGGGAUUUUUGGGCGCAAUAAGGGGUAAUCGAAGACUUACAAAAUAGGCAAAUAACCCCCUCUAAAACCAUGAAAUUUUGUUUAGAAGCUGGAUAAUCUUCAAUACAUACUUUAAUUCACUAAUUCACGGAUACCGGCUUCGGAUGCUUCAAGUUUCCCAGACUUCGGAUGCUUCGGGUUUCUCAUGAUCAGCCAACCCUAUUCAUUGUUUAAAACGUGGAAUUUUCGAGAAUAUAGUGAAUUUAGCUAAUUAAUUUUUGGUUAUAUGUAACUUAUGAAAUAAAAAAUAGAAAUUCUUUUUUUAAUUUCUAAAAAAGUUAUUCAACAUUUAUUGACAACAUUCGUAAAAAAUUUUUAAGUAUAAAUUUAUAUAAAGGGGGAAGUUAUUUGUUCGCGCCCAGUAAUUACUGCGCCGAAACGUUUUUUCAAUUUUUCGAAGGACUAUGAAGGAGGAUAUAAAUUCCUUUUUUACCGGCCAUAAAUCAAAGAGACAGCUUCUGUGGCAGUUCAUUCCUUCCACCUUACCUUCUUUCCUCUCCUUCUUUCUUCUACUAUUUUUGACUGUCUUAACUUUUCACAUUUUUCUUCAAUUUCUUUUUUUCAUUCCCGCGAGAAUAUAUUACUUACUCUUUUUUUCUUCACAUUUUAACGUCCUUGAAAGAAACUUCUUUUUAAAACCUCCAAUCGGCUGUCUGGGCGGGCUAAUAAUUUAUGAAAAAAAAGAAAUUUUUGACGAGUAA